AAUCUACUUGCUGGACACAUCCAGGCAGUGGCUAUUCUAUCCAGAGUGGGCACUUUUCCUGGCCAGAUAUGCCCAAAGGCUGGGAAAUGGACACCACCUCAAUGGGAACUACUUUUUUCAUCAACCAUAAUGAAAGACGGAACACUUUCCUUCAUCCUGUGACUGACCAGAUCCCAGAAAAGAACAACCAUUUUGAAUUGCAAAGAUCUGUCUUUGACAUGUCAAGCAAAGCAAGUAGCAAGCGGCCGGCAGCAGUCAGUAGUGAAUCCUCCAAUCACACAAUGGUUUCAGAGGUGCCUCAGGAACGACCAAAUGGCAGGGCAUCAUCACGUACCUCCAGGAAAGGAAUUGCUUUUGGAAAACGUUCUAAUUCCAUGAAGAGGAAUCCCAAUGCUGCAGUGACCAAGAACGGUUGGCUCUUCAAGCAGGCCAGCUCUGGAGUCAAGCAGUGGAAUAAGCGCUGGUUUGUAUUGGUGGAUCGCUGCCUUUUUUACUACAAAGAUGAGAAGGAGGAAAGCAUCUUGGGCAGCAUCCCACUUCUCAGUUUUCGAGUGGCAGCUGUCCAGCCAUCGGAUAACAUCAGCAGGAAAUAUACCUUUAAGGCUGAACAUGCUGGCAUCCGGACCUAUUUCUUCAGCGCUGAGAACAAUGAGGAACAAGAAUCCUGGAUUCAAGCCAUGGGCGAGGCUGCCCGGGUUCAAAUCCCACCUACUCAAAGGCAUGAAAAGACUGACUGUGAGAACAUUCCUCCUAGCAAAAAUCAUCAUCAUCAUCAUCACCAGCGCAGUAUCCUUACCAGGGAGCUUGCCAAAGCUGAGUUGGAAGCAAAGACCAGAGGAGAAGGUGAUGGACGUGGUUCUGAGAAGAUUGAAAGAAAACCAGAGCGUGUUGCAAAUAAGAAAGAGGCACUGGUGAAAACCAAUGGCAUUGCCAGUCAAGAUACGCCCUCAGAGCCUGGAAGCCCUUAUCCAGAAGCAACUCGUGUGCCAUCUGGAGUGGAGAGAACCCCACAACCAAAUGGUUGGCAGUAUUCAUCUCCAACUCGUCCCGGCAGCAUGGCUUUUCCACAGCAUGAUGGAGAUACUGUUAUCUCUCGUCGGAGCUUCGCACCUCGCACUAAUCCAGAAAAGAUUGCUCAGAGAAAAAGCUCCAUGACCCAGUUGCAACAGUGGGUCAAUUUGCGCCGUGGAGUUCCCCCACCUGAAGAUCUCCAUAGCCCCAACAGAUUCUUCCCAAUGUCUCGGAGAGUACCUGAUUAUUACCCUCCCUAUUCACCCCAGUACUCGGAGGAUUACCAGUACUAUCCACCUGGUGUGCGUCCUGAUAGUAUCUGUUCUAUGCCUGCCUAUGAACGUGUGAGCCCUCAGUGGGCUGUGGAGGACAAGCGCCACGCCUUCCGCAACAGCAGCUCAUUCCAGCUGCGAGAGUGGAAAGAACAGCCUGGCUAUAGCAGACAAGAUAUGCCCAUCUGGAUCCCGGGCCCCACACGGCAGCCAGUGUACUAUGAUGAAAUGGACGCUGCUUCCAGUUCCCUCCGCAGGAUGUCCCUUCAGCCUCGUUCGCGAUCAGUCCCCCGCUCACCAAGUCAAGGAUCCUACAAUAGGACCAGAGUCUAUUCUCCAGUAAGGUCGCCCAGCACCCAUUUUGAACGAAUGCCUUCUCGAAGUGAGGAGAUAUAUGCUGAGCCAUCGACUUACAUGAUGAGACGAUCUGUCAGUUCCCCAAAGUAUGAUUACCUUGGUGAUAGAAAGCCUGUUCCUGCAGGAAUGUUUCCUUUCAACUAUCCAGCAUCCCCUACAGUCCAUGAUAAAAUGGAUGAACUUUUAGACCUUCAGUUGCAAAGAAACCUAGAGUAUUUGGACCAACAGAUGAGCGAGAGCGAGACUUUGAUCAGUAUGGUGAACAGAAUGGUGGAGAGCUCCUCUCCUAGGGCUCAACUGUACUUGCAAGUGUCUCAUUUCCCUGAAGCAUAUAGAGAGACGCUGCACACCUACAAGAUAAAUGAGCAACACACAGAUAAGCUUCUAGGAAAACUCUGUGAACAAAACAAAGUGAUAAGAGAACAGGAAAGACUUGUACAGCAGCUUCGAGCAGAAAAGGAGAGUCUAGAGAGUGCACUGAUGGGGACACACCAGGAACUAGAGAUGUUUGGGAGUCAGCCGGCCUACCCUGAAAAGCUUCUGCACAAGAAGGAAUCUCUUCAGAAUCAGUUGAUCAAUAUCCGGGUGGAACUGUCCCAAGCCAGCACGGCACUGGCCAACAGCACUAUGGAAUAUGAGAAUCUGGAAGCUGAGGUGUCAGCCUUGCAUGAUGAUUUAUGGGAACAGCUGAACUUGGACAUCCAGAAUGAAAUGCUCAACAGGCAAAUCCAGAAAGAGAUCUGGCGGAUCCAGGAUGUGAUGGAGGGACUCAAAAAGAACAACCCCUCUCGGGGCACAGACACCGCAAAACACCGAGUGGCCCUUGGCCCAUCAGCAACUUACAGCUCCAACAGUCCAGCCAGUCCUCUGAGCUCAGCUAGCCUCACCAGCCCCCUGAGCCCUUUCUCUCUUGUGUCUGGAUCCCAGAGUUCCCCUACCAAGCAAGGCAGCAAUGAGUCAAAGUCCAGCUUUGAACAGAGCAAGAAGGACCAUCACCGGGCAUCAGCCUCACAUUCGACAGUGGAGUCUGGUCUCUUGCAAUCAAGACAGGACCAAGAUGCUGAUAAGCAGGUGGCACUCAACAAAGUUGGUAUUGUUCCUCCAAGAACUAAGUCACCUAUGGAUGAUGAGACCUCACCGACAUCAGGUGUGGUGAGGAGGAGUGCCAAUGGGCGUGAUUCUCGGGACAGGCCAAAGAGUGCUGUGUUUUCCAAUGAGAUGAAAGCAAAGAUGAGUGUUGAGGAACAAAUUGAUCGCAUGAAACGCCAUCAAAGCAGUUCUAUGAAGGAAAAGAGACGGAGCUUGCAACUUCCAGCCAAUCAGCAGCAGACAGAUAGCCCUCUCUCAAAAGCACCUGCAUCUUAUAAAGUGGUUCGCAGGCAUCGCAGUAUCCAUGAAGUGGAUAUAUCUGAUCUGGAGGCAGCACUGCGUUCUGAAGAUUCUGGCAAGAUGUAUGAAAGCCCCCGAGAUGAGAUUGCUCGCCUGCGCAAAAUGGAGCUUGAGCCAGAACAUUAUGAUGUGGACAUCAGCAAGGAGCUUUCCACUCCAGAUAAAGUCCUCAUCCCAGAAAGGUAUAUUGAGCUGGAACCUGACACCCCACUGAGCCCUGAGGAGAUGAAGGAGAAACAAAAGAAAGUGGAAAGGAUAAAGACACUGAUUGCUAAAUCCAGCAUGCAGAAUGUCAUCCCCCUCAGCGAGGGAGAGAUGGACGUGGUCCAGGACCCAGAAACUCAGUUACAGGAGCAGGAAAAGCGGAUUGAGAUCUCCUGCGCUUUAGCUACCGAAGCCUCCCGACGAGGCCGCAUGCUGUCUGCUCAAUGUGCUACCCCGAGCCCUCCCACUUCCCCCACUUCCCUGACUCCACCGAUCAAGUCCCUCUCGUCUGACUCAUCCCAGGGCACCGACAGUCAUUUUAUGCGUGUCUGAAACUUAAACACAAGCCCUGGCUGCUGUGAAUGCUGUGAAGUUCCAUGGAGCCACAUUUUAACACAUGAAUUUGCCCUGUCAACUCUACUGCUUAAUAAUGUAUAGAACCAUUCCUAUGAUUUGCCAACUAUCUCCUGCAGUUGAGCUGCAGAAACAUGCAGGAAGGAAAGCUGCCUCUGAAGAGAAUGAGGGUGCUUUGUCUUUGCUCUGGUUCUCCUCCCACUGCUGCCAAAGCCUGUACCAAAACCUUUCAGAUGCCUGGUCUAUUAAAAGCAAUUAAAGAAGCAGCAUCCAGAAGAAGUUUCAUUCUACAAGAUGGCUUCUUCAUCCCUGAAGGAGGUCUAAAGACAAAGAACUGGUGGCUAAAGAUCAGCAGAAGCAUCAAAUAAUUUGAACUGAAAAAGGAAAGCUGAUGAUAGCAGGGGAAUGUACAAUUUCCUAUCCUUAGGUAGCCAUUUCCUAAACGUCUAACCUCCUUUAUCACUUAUUUUUAUUUUACUUUUUUUUCUUACAUUGAGGGAAGAGAAAUGUAUAAAGAAUAGAUUGUCAUGGCAGCCAGAGACUUUAUAACCACUUUACUGAAUUGAACGACAUAUUUUUCUUCCUCACACUUUGUUCCCAUCUGCCAAUCUGAUUGGCUCUAGAAACUUUAAUCUAUGGAACUAAACAACCCAUGCAUGGUCAUGCUGCUUAUACUUAUAUCUACCCACUCACAGGAAGAGAAAGGAGGGGGCAUCAUUAAACUUUGUGGAUAUGGCAGAUGAAGAAAACAGAAGGGUGUCGGUGUGGAGGGGGAAAAAAAAACAAGCAGCUUUGGAAUCUGCUAAUUCUUGGGAAUCUUUCAAUGGCUGUGAUAUGCUGAAGAAUCCCCUCCCCCUCACUUUUCCUAGGUUUACAAGGAAGAUGGAAUAGGAAGUAUGUGCAAUGUACGUGGACAUGUAACAGAAGUGUGGAUGAAAGAUACAAAGGGGAAGGAUGGCUACAAAAAGAGUUCAGUUUGAUGGGAUAAACCACCUGGUGUGUUUUAAGUUUACUGUGACUCAGAAGUGGGACUGGUAGGUGACAUAUUUAUUCUCAUACCAGAACCUAUUCAAAAUGUACCACUCAACUCUUGGUUCUCCAGGAUAUAGGUUGGAGCCAGAAAGAAAACACAAUGCUGUGAAGAUCUCAGCAUAAAGAAACUAAUGAAAUAGUAAAUCUGCAAGAGAAAUGGAAAUGUGUCUGAACUUGACUAAAGCAAGCUAUGAGUUGAUUCCAUAGUAUGUGUAAAUGAGUUCUCUCCUAUUUAUCAUUGGGAGGAGAAAGUGAGGCUUCUUCAAUUUCUGCCAUUUGUAGCAUUUCUCUCAACUUUAGAAUAAUAGAGCAACGUUUGCUUUGAAGUAGAAUUCUCUCACUUUCUCACACAAAGUGCUUUUCAUCCAUCUCUAUCCAAGCGAAGCUGUAAUAACAAUUGGCUGAUGAUCUUUUAGAGGAGCUGCUAAGCUCCCACAUCAAAAGUGCAAGUCCUUUCCUGUAUUUGCUUCUAUCAGCAUCUGAAAGGUGGCUGCUUCCCCAAAUGAGUUGUCUUUUUUUCCCCCCUAAAUAAAUAGUGAAAAUAACUCACAAGGACAGAGGAGUACAAAAAAAGGACUUGGAAAAUUUACUCUUGUCAAGUACAGAAAGUACCAAGGUGUCCUAACUUAUAUUAUGCUAGAUCAAAGAUCUAACUGGACCUUUUCCACACUGCAGUUGUACGUUCAAAGGUUUAUACAUGGUGAAUCCUGAACUGAAUACCAUUUGAAGCUAUGAUGACCUUACCUCUUUAGAAAUAAUCAGGCUCUGCAGGACAGGACUUUUCACCCAAUGUAGUGCUUUUGAAAACAAUCUAUUUCAUUAAUAGAUGGAUCAAAAUAUAAUUGGAUGAUCCUGUGGCCCAUAGAUUUAUUUCAAAGGCUACCAAAAUUGAUUGCGCCCAGUAUAAAACCAAGUAGAAUCGAUUUUAUGGAAGCGAAUAAAAUUAUUCUAGUUAUAGAUCAGAAUACAAAAAAAAAGUGCUAGCUUUUUAAUAAUCCUGACCUACAUUUUCAGUGAGUUCACUGCCAUGUUUUCAAAAAUUCUGCAUUUCUUCCCCCACCCCUAAUAUUUUGCUUCUUUACAAGUACAGAU